UGACAUCUCCAAGAAAAUGGCUGACGUGGCUCCGGGCGGCGGUGGAGCUGUCGCUCGUGCCGGCGAAGCGGUGCCUGGCGCAGCUGCGGGCACGGGCAGCACGAUUUCCGACUUUUUGUAUCGCGCCAUGAUGAUGUUUGCCUUCUACAACCUGUUCUUCAAAGGUUCCGCACCAGCAACUCCGUCCGACCCGGCCAUGAUUGGUCGCAACCUAUUCAAACCAAACCAACCCAUUGAGCUUUUCGUCUACAUGUCAGAACAAUCCAAGUUCGUUCCGCUCCACAAUGACGAGACGACAUUGCUGUGGCACGUCCCCGACCUGGUGUACGGCUCGUCGCUUCCUGACGCCAAGUAUUCAGCCAACUUUACGACCACCAUUCAUCCGUCUGAGCGAGUACAAUCGAACGGCACCCUGUUUGCGCACGCUUGCAUCGCCAAGGCAGGCUCUCCCCUCGACGAAUUUGAUCCCGCCUACGAUGCAACGGCCGUCGUGUGCAAGUCAAAGCUCAUUACUCGCUUCCGCCCGCGGCUUCACCAGCAAUUCAAAAAGCUGCUCGUGUCUGACAUGGACGACGCAGAGGAAGAGCGACAGCGGGCUGCAGCACUUGCCGAGAAGCUUUCGCCAGUGUACAUUUCUUACUGGAGCAACCAACUGGUGAUUGAUCUGGUCGAGGAUCAGUCUGCUUUCAACCGCAACAGCGUGCCACCCCAGAUCAAAGACUACCUCACGUUUGAGGAGACCACCGGCAACUACUUUCCCAUCCUCGAUUUCAAUGAUUUCUGGAUGAUGCGCGAUGAUCUGUACCCCAUCAACGAGACUACCACUGAGCUCCCGCUUGAAAUAUCCUUCAGCCUUCAGUCGCUAUGGAAGUGGACCCUUUUGAUUCAAAUGGAGCAGUCGUUUGAAAUGCAGCACAGCUGGGGUCAGAUGGGCGAGAACGAUGCCGACAACUUUAAGCGUAUGAUUACAGACACCAAUCCUUACCUGCUUGGUCUCACCAUGGUGGUGUCCUUGCUUCACAGCGUGUUUGAUUUUCUUGCCUUCAAGAACGACGUCGUCUUCUGGAAGAAGCGCGAUUCGAUGGCCGGUCUCUCAGUCCGAACGAUUUUCAUGAACAUUGGAUUCCAGUUCAUCAUCUUCCUCUAUCUCCUCGAUAACGAUACCUCCUGGCUGAUCUUGAUCUCCUCUGGCGUGGGUCUGGCCAUUGAGGUGUGGAAGGUCAGCAAAGCCGUCAACCUGGUGCCCAGCGAAGACAAGAUUUUCAGCAUUAUUCCUCGGUUGACUUACACCCACAAGAAGUCGUACCAAAACUCCAAGACGAAAGAAUACGACGACCUUGCCUUCCGCUACCUGUCUUGGCUUUUGUUGCCCCUUGUUGCCUGCUACUCGAUUUACUCGCUCGUAUACGAGACGCACAAGAGCUGGUAUUCGUGGGUGAUUGCAUCGCUUGUGGGCGCAGUCUACACUUUCGGCUUCAUUAUGAUGACUCCGCAGCUGUUCAUCAACUACAAGCUGCAGUCCGUCGCGCAUCUUCCUUGGCGCAUGCUGACCUACAAGGCCCUCAACACGUUUAUUGACGAUUUGUUUGCAUUCAUCAUCAAAAUGCCCACCAUGCACCGUCUGGCGUGCUUCCGCGAUGACAUUAUCUUUUUCAUCUUCCUGUACCAGCGAUGGAAGUAUCCGGUUGAUGCGGAGCGACGAAACGAAUUCCAGGGCGGCGACGACGACGAUGACGCCGAACCAAGCAACGAAACGACCCCAACUACUGCUGCUGCUGCUGCUGCUAUUGAAUCAACCCCAGCAACCGAAUCAGCUGCUCAACACGAAGGUUCCGAUCCAAUUGACACGGCUGCACCGAGCGACGCAACAUCAUCCUCACCCGCGCCAUCAACGUCAACAACAGAUGCAGGCGAACUUCGUCAACGAAAAGGACGCAAAUCCACCAAGGCUGAAUGAGAAGGUUUUGAAAAUUGACAUAGACAAGGCCGUUUCUUUGCGUGCACGUUGUAAUGUUGAACAAAUAAAAGUACAAUAACAUCCAACA